UGUUGUCAAUAAUAUUUGCUGAUCUGCUCUUGUCUUGGAAACAAUAAUGUGUCCAUUACGGUUCAUUCUGGUGUUCUUGUCUGCCGUAUUAGCUGGGUAUUUUGCAUGGACGAGCGUCCGCUCUUCACAGGAAUCUGGAUUGAUGAUGGUUUCAGACCAUUCUGCACACAAACCCACUCGCGAAAAGCAAGGACUCAGCUAUGUCAAGAUGAUGCAAAAUGGCUUCUGGGUAUUCAUUGACAUGGCCAGCGGAAGGCACCUGUGGAGGCAUCUCAAAGAGAUGAAGAAAGGCCACACCACCAAUGAGGAAGCCAAGAAAGAGAGAGUGGAAUCCUCAUAAGAGCCGACACUACUUGAAAUCUUCUGUGCAGGUUUAGGGGCUAAUUGGUGGAAACAUCAGGAUACUUCUUUUUGUAAAAUUCCAGAACGAUUCUUCCCUUCUGACAUAUGCUAUCAGCAUUAGGUAUCGGCUCCUGCUGAUAAGUUUUUUACAUUCCGUGAUGUUUUCUUUUUAUCAUCAGAAAGGUUCUAUGUUCCUCCUGAAUUUACCAUGACUAAGAAAAGAAAAUC